UCUUCUCCUCUCUUUUCCCUUCUUCCUCUUCUUUCUUCUCUUCUAUUUCGUUCCGCGCAAUUUGUUUCCUCGCCGUAAGCUGAUCGGCUCGCGCGGCCGGAGUUAACUUGAACUUCAAAGAUGAUGUAUCGAGCAAACCGCUCGCAGGACCGUGACAAAGUGCGAUGUUGUGUAUUUUGAAGUUGAAAAGUAACGUGUAGCGAAUCAAUCUAAAUUUACAGGCCGCUUCCGCGGGGCGGAAUUAGGACGGCGGACGGAUUUGUUUCUUCCGCGAGGAACGCUCGUAUUUCAUUGGCAUCGAUCCUCACCCCUUUCCCCUCUCGUCCUUUUUUCGCAUCUACGUUCGCCUGUAAUUUUUAAUAUUUCUCCUUUGUGCGCGCACAUUCGCCGCGCUAUUUCCGGAAACACGCGCGCGCGACCUCGUUGCGUCCUUAAACAUCCGACUUUGAGACCGACGCAUUUGGAUUCGACAAUUUUAAUGCAACGUCGUGCGCAUGUAACCGACGAGUGUUUUCCGUUUGCUGUGACCCUGCGAGCCCUGGGGAGCUGAAUCUCUUCUCUUUCUUUUCUCUUCUCGAGCUUUUAUCUUAAUGGCUGAACCGCGCGAGCGCGAGCACGCUUAUCAUUUUUAUGGGCACCUGCAGGCCAGAAUCUCUCAGGAUAUGGAUCAGCCACCCGCGGAAUCGCAGAAACAUAGAGUCGGACCUGCUCAUCUUGACGUUGCUCACGAUCGUCACGGUGGGAUUAGCCGCGGUGUGCCUUUUGGGUAUGCGGUACUUUAUCAUCGAGGGGAAAAAGAUCGGAAUUUCCAAGCUCUGGACCCGCGGGGCGAUAUGGUUCUUCCUCACCGUCGUGAUAUUAGGCUACGUCACCACGGUUUACCUGCUCGGCAGGGACCAGGUGUCGCCGUGGUACAGGUGGUGGAAGAGCACCGUCAACGUCAGGCUCGUCGUGGAUCCUCAGUUGCUGCGCCGUCAACCCUCGGACGAGUCCUCUCAGGAACACGAGGGUCAGACGAUAACGACAUCUGCGGUCGAUGAUGCGUCGUGAGGCCGAGACGACGAACAGGUCGACGUGUGCAAGAGACGCGCGAGAAGGCGGAGGCAAUCUCGGCCGACGCGUGUAAUGACUCGCGAGAGUCUCGGGAGAUGUAAGUCGCGCGAAUGAACGAAAUAAAUAAACGCUUCGAAUGUCCGAGUGUCUCCGUGCUGAUAGCGACUGCGAACGUCGGCGUCAACUGGCGCUGCCGCUUUUAACUCAGACAUUGACCCGACUAGAAAUUUUGAUC